AUGAGGAGCGGCGGCGACGUCAAGUCCUUCUUCCGGCAGCGGAAGGCCCACUCCGGCGCAGCGGCCGCCAAGCCCACCAGCGGCGUCUCCAAGAAGCCGGCGCACCACCACCACCAGAAGCAAGCGGCGGCGCGCCCGACGCCAGAUCACGGCGACGGCGCCGACGCGAGGAGGGAGGAGGCGGAGAACGCGGAGAGGAAGGCCAGGGAGUUCGACAUGGACAUGCGCUACGGGCCCUGCCUCGGCGUCACCCCCGCCCAGCGCUGGCAGCGCGCCGCCGCGCUGGGCCUCGCCCCGCCGCCGCACGCGCUCUGCUCCGACGACCAGCCGUGCCUCUGGGAGGGCCGCGUCUAGACUAGGGCAUCGCCCCAGGGCCCCGUCGUAUCACCGAUCCGCCACUCCUCGUGGUUCUGCCUACU